GAAGAGAGAACAAGCUGAAAACAAAACAUAGUAUACAAAUGAUUGAUGCACUUGUUAAACAAGACCGCCUACAGGCAGGCAAACACUCUCUGGUGAUGUCCACACUCACUUCAGCGCUCCAACACACCGAAGAGCCAGCACAGAUAUAGAAGAUGGGGUCUGAGAUUAAAGUGGGGCCGAUGCGUGUCCUGGUGACCGGUGGAUCUGGGUUAGUGGGCAAAGCCAUUGAGCAUGUGGUGCAGGAGGAAGGUGGGAAACUGGAGGGAGAAGAGUGGAUCUUCCUCUCUUCCAAGGAUGCUGACCUUGUAGAUGCUGGGCAGACCAGGGCUGUGUUUGAGAAGUACCGUCCCACUCAUGUCAUCCACCUGGCUGCGAAAGUCGGAGGACUGUAUCUACACAUGAGGGAGAACCUGCACUUUUUGAGGGACAACAUCAAAAUCAAUGAUAACGUGCUACAAACAGCCCACGAGAUGGGCGUCACCAAGGUCGUGUCUUGCCUGUCCAGUUGUAUUUUCCCUGACAAUACCACAUACCCCAUCAAUGAGACCAUGAUACACAACGGACCGCCUCAUGACUCCAACUUCGGAUACUCGCAUGCUAAAAGGAUGAUUGAUGUUCAGAACAGGGCAUACUUUCAGCAGCAUGGUCGCCGUUACACAGCGGUCAUCCCGACCAAUGUGUUUGGACCCUAUGACAACUUCAGCAUAGAAAAUGGUCACGUGCUGUCGGCACUCAUUAACAAGACAUACAAGGCCAAAAAGGAAGGGACUCCGGUGAAUGUGUGUGGCUCCGGAGCUCCUAGGAGACAGUUUAUCUACUCUCUGGAUUUAGGUCGUCUCAUCAUUUGGGUCCUGAGAGAAUAUGAAGAAACUGACCCCAUUAUCCUCUCUGUGGGUGAAGAGGAUGAAAUCUCAAUCAAAGAGGCCGAGGACAUGAUUGCAGACUCUCUGGACUUCAAAGGCAAAAUACACUUUGACACCACCCUGUCAGACGGCCAGAUGAAAAAGACAGCCAGCAAUGCCAAGCUAAGGCGCUACCUCCCUGACUUCACCUUUACACCCCUUAAAGAAGCUAUAAAGCUGACCUGUGACUGGUUCGUGGCCAACUACGACAAUGCCCGGACAUGAAGUGACCGAACACUGGGCUACAAUUUAACACUAUUAUUUAGGUCUGGCGUCAAGCAUGUUAUCACUGUGAAAUACUGGUUUAUACAAUCAAUAUUCUCUAGCGAACUGGAGCCGUCUUGUCUUUUAAUUUCUAAGGAAUUUCACAUUAAGGUAUUUUUAGAGGGUCAUAUGAGCUACACGUGUCAUCAACAUUAAAUGAAACUUAAAAUACAUCAUCAUUUAAAAUGAUCUAGAAAGGGUUAGGGAACCAUGACCUAAUAAUCAAAUAAUAACAGAAACAAUGGUAAUGCCUCACUCCCUCAUAUGUAAAUAUCUCAAAAAACAAAGCACAAACAGCUGUUAACUGAACUCCACCCCUUCAAGUUUCCACAAUUCUACACACAAAUGGAUGUUCUGUAUACUGCAGGCUUUAGAUCCAUUCUCUAGUGCAAAUAAAAUAAGGAACUAGGAAGUUUCUUUGCACAUAUAGGAGAUGAAUUUUUUGUUGCAAUUUACUUCAUCUUUGCAGAUUACUGAUUAAGAUUAAAAGCAUCUUUCUUAAAGGCUUUCUCUGUGCUAAAUUUCCAUGCAGUAGUGUUUGUAUAAUCAUUAUAAAAACAGAAAAAACAGCCUGUUUUAUGAGAGCAAGUGACAAACACUGACUGGUCUCUAUUUUCUCUUCAAGACUGCUUUUUUUUGUCAACUGCAGUUGAGCUAGUUUGGAAUAUCGUCAUGCCAAUAUAAAAUUUCUAUCAUAUGACAGUUUGUUCCCGUGUUGUGUGAGAUACAUUGUUUAGUUUUGUUUUUGCAUUGUUUGUUUGGUUCUGUUUUUGUGCUGGAGUGAUGUUGUAUGUUUGUGUAUUGGUUGUGUUGUAUGUAAUCACC